AUGAAGAACGUUGCAUUUUCUAUAUUACACAUUUCGAGCCUAUUUAUCCUGUACUUGAGUUCGCAAAGCGGCCUGUACAGUUGCAAGAACACAGGGAAAACAGCAAGUAAAGGGAAUCAUAGUAACCCCAAUUCCGCUGUUAAUAGUAAUAGCCUUUCGACUGAAUGGAGCGAAAAGGGCUAUAAUUUCAUGGAUCUAGUGAAAAAUGGCUACUUAAAAAAUAAGGGAGAUUUAGAUGAAGUGAAGGAUUACCUAGCUGAUGAGUUGGCUGGAAAAAUAAAAGACAAAUUAAAUGGCAUUUUAAAAGACGAAAAUAUUUUUUAUGAUUUAGAGAACAUGGACGAGGAAGAUAUAAGCGACUUUAAAAAUUACUUGAAAGACAUGUCGGAAUAUAUUGGCUUGAAGGCUGCCGAUAUAUUAAACAGCAAUUUAGAGGAUUCCCUUAAGUCCUUUUUGCCCAAAGGUUCCUUUGCCAAUUUGAAAGAGGCCAUGGGAAGUAGCAGUCCUGUUAAUUUAAAUUUUGACGACGAGGAUGGUGAGACGAAGAAGGGGAAGUCAAAGAAGGGAAAGUACAAGAAGGGAUAUUCCAAUGAUGAAAAUGCAAAUGACGAAAAUGCCAAUGACGAAGACGUGGAUGAAACAACCGAAGAUUUCAUUAACGAGCUGGUAGACGCAUAUGAAGAAAAGCAUCACAAGGACUUGGAAAACUACGCGCAAGAAAUAAAAAAUCAUAACAAUCUAGAUUAG